GAGGCCUGUGGGCUGGCAGGCGGCAGCAGCGCAUGCAGAUGUGGCCCCGUUCUCAGCUCCACUCUUUCCCUGCUCUCUCAUCUCACACAGGCUGGUCGCGGAGAGGUGGACAGGCACUACCAUGCAGGGACUGACAAUUCUUCUGUGGCUGGGACUUCUCAUCACCUCCUGCAGAAGCCAGGGGACUGAGCAGGAGCCUGCCAAUCCAGAUGCGGCGAACGCAGGGGGAGCAGAGGAAGAGGACGACCCCUUUUACAAGAUCCCCGUAAACAAGCUGGCAUCCUCCGUCUCCAACUUUGGCUACAACCUGUACCGUCUGAGAUCCAGCCAGACCCCCACCGCCAAUGUCCUCCUUUCACCCUUCAGUGUCGCCACAGCUCUCUCUGCCCUUUCGCUGGGUGCGGGAGAACGAACAGAAAACCUUCUGGAUCGUGCUCUCUUCUAUGACCUGCUCAACAAGGCAGAGCUCCACAGCACCUACCAGACACUCCUGGCCAGCCUCGCUGUCCCCGCCAAAGGCUUGAAGAGCAUCUCUCGCCUCAUCUUGGAGAGAAGGCUGAGAAUAAAACCUGGGUUUGUGAGCGACCUCGAGAAAUCUUAUGGAGUCCGGCCUAGAGUACUUACAGGAAACGCCCGCGUGGACCUGCAAGAGGCCAACAGCUGGGUGCAGCAGCGUACCAACGGAAAAGUCACCAGAUUCCUGAAGGAGAUCCCAACUGGAAUCAGCAUCCUGCUACUCGGAGCAGCGUACUUCAAAGGAAAAUGGAUGACUAGAUUUGACUCCAAAUUUACUAGGCUGCAGGACUUCCACUUGGAUGAGGACAGGGCAGUGAGUGUCCCUAUGAUGGAGGGCUCAAACACCCUCGUGAAGUAUGGCUUCGACUCUGAGCUCGACUGCAAGAUUGCUCAGUUGCCCCUGGAGGGGCGUGUCAGUGCCCUGUUCUUUCUGCCCCAAAGCGUGACCCAGAACAUGACACUCAUUGAGGAGAGCCUCACUUCGGAGUUUGUCCACGACAUCAACAAGCAACUGAAGACUGUCUGUAUGGAUCUGAAGAUGCCACGGCUCAAGCUGACUUCAGAGUUGGCCCUGGCUGGCACUCUCCAGGAAAUGCGACUCCAGGCACUCUUUGAGACCCCCGACUUCAGCAAGAUUGCUGCUAAGGCAGUCAAGCUGUCCCACGUGCAGCACAAAGCAAUGCUGGAACUGAACGAAGAGGGGGUCGGAUCUGUCGUCCUGCCACAGGCAGAGGACCCUUGCCCAACCGUUCUCAUAAAUUAUCACUUGGACAGACCAUUCUUGUUUGUGCUUCAGGACGAUGAGACAGGAGCUCUCCUCUUCGUUGGAAAAAUACUUGACCCCAGAAGCACUUAGGUGCCUCCUUCCACCAGAGCACCCCCCCCCCCCGGGGAAGCGGGCAGAUGAGUGUGCAUACACUUUCCAUAGACCACAAGUGUUUACGCCUGAUGUGCUGCAAUAAAACAGCUUCUGCUUUGAA